AGAGAAGAUUAGGUGAAAACUGCAUUCCUUAUGGGAAGAGACUACGCCGUUUACUUCAGUCCUUCUAAUAUUGCAAGUAACAUCGACUGAAUAAAGUAGACAACUGAAUCCUUACUUUACCAUGCUCUAAAAUUCCCUGCGUCUUUGAAUGAAUAUUAGGUGCGAUGGGUCGGUUAGACCUUGGCGAUGUAGUCCUGCGGCGGAUGCAGGAGAAAGACAUUGAAGCUGUGAAGAUUCUUAUCAAGGAAGGAUGCGAGGGAACAGAAAACCGUCUCAUUCUUCACCUCCUUACCCGUCCGGCUGCCCUUCUCAUGUUGGCCACUCUCUCUUCCAUCCUCCGCUUUGUGCUGCACUCUUUCAUCAUUGCGUUGGUCAUUCCUGUCUUCCUUCUUAUCAUAUACCUCAAGCUCACCAUCCCACGAUCAGUGGGCAUCCUGGGCUCCAGCAGGCCAUACUGGGACUAUGUGGGUAGCAGUUACCAUGCAGACACCGAACCGGAGCUUCCCAAUCCUUACGCAGGAAGAACAAAACCGAGCGCCAAUCAAGAGAAAACCAGACGGCGCAAAAAAGCCAAGGAGAAAGAGAAGACCAAUGAGAAAGAGCAGGUGGAUGAGGAUGAAAUUAAGGAGAGGGCAAAGGUUGCCGGGGAGGUUUGGGUAGCAGACUGUGAUGGAGAGAUUAUGGGGUGUGUGGCUAGAGAUGGUUGGAGUCGCUAUGGUGUAUGUCGGAUAUGCAGGCUGGUGGUUCAAAGCUGGUACCGCAGAGAGGGACUGGGAAGAUUACUGGUGCAGGGGUUGGAAUCUAAAGUAAGGCAGAGUGGAAUAUGCCGGGUCUAUGCCCACGUGCCAUUUCCCUCCAAAAUGGGAGAGGUUUUCUUUAGAAGGCUGGGUUAUCGUCUGCAAGGUGAGACUGGAGGGACUGAGGAAGAGGAGGAGGAUGAGUAUGAAGAACCAGAGAAGGGUUGGCUGGGGUUCCCUUUAACCAAAGUGUUUGUUAAGGAUUUGUAAGUGAAGUGUCAAUAAAAGGCGGUCUUUAAAGGGAUAGUUCAUCCAAAAAUGAUAUUAUACCCAUGAUUUACUUACUCCCAAGCCGCCUGAGAUGCAUAUAUCCAUCAUUUUUUCAAACUUACACAUUUUCAGUUAUUUUAGAAAAUGUUUUAGAUCUUUCAGUUAAUCAAAUGUAAAGUUAUGGGGUCCACUUCAUCAAGUCCAAAAAUGUCCAUCCAUCCUUCACAAAAUAAAUCUAAACGGCUCCAGGAUGGGGCUUUCUAAGGGUAAUCCGCUCGCUGUUGUUUAAGAAAUAUCCAUACUUAAAACUUUAUUAACGAAAAUAACUAGCUUCCGGUAACGCCGCCAUCUUAGAUUCUCAUCUUGAAUACGUACGCGACUAAGAUGGCGGCGUUACCGGAAGCUAGUUAUUAUUGUUUAUAAAGUUUCAAAUAUGGAUAUUUCUACAACAAAACGGUGUGGAUUACCUUCAGAAGGCCUUUGUUUAUCAUUGUGGUGCCGUUUGGAUUUAUUUUGUGAAGGAUGUUGGACCCCUUAACUUUACAUUUUAUUAACUAAAAGAUCUAAAACGUUUUCUAAAAUAACUGAAAAUGUGUUUGUCUGAAAAAUGAUGGACAUAUGUAUCUCGGACGAUUUGAGAGCGAGUAAAUCAUGGGUUUAAUAUCAUUCUUGGCCGAACUAUCCCUUUAAUUCAACCUGAUAUUAAAGGAAAACUUAAAAGGAUAGUUCACCCAAAAAUUAAAUUCUGUUAUCAUUUACUCACCCUCAUGUUGUUUUAAACCUGUAUGAGUUUCUUUAUUCUGCUGAACACAGACACCAAUUGACUUCCAUAGUUUUUAUGUUUCUUACUAUGAAAAUCAAUGGGUACCGUCAACGCCAAGCUUACAGUGUUCAACAGAAGACAUUUUUGGUUGAAUUUUCCCUUUAACUAUUUAUAAGGUGCCUGUUAGUACAAUGUGAAUCAAACAAAAGCGUAUGAAUAUUAGAAUUUAUAUUUCACUGGGGUGAAAGCAGAUUACUUUAAAUUAGUGAUCAAUUCAGUAAAAUUUAAAACAGUUAUAAAUUGCCAUGCAUUAAUUGUGUUUUAAGAUGAUUUUAGCUACUAAAGAUAUUUUAAAGUGUAGUUUUGGAUAAGUUUGUAUUAUUUUCAUUUAGGAGUUAUUUGUUUAUCCUCUCCCUGUGAGUUGUACACCACAUUUACAAACUUAGUGAAUAUUCUGACUUCUGGAUAUUUUUCACUAUAGAUUAUAUAAAUCAUAACUUUUUAUAUUGUUUUUAUUUUUUUGCUGAUGAGUGUUGCAGAUUUCAUCUCUGGGUUGAUGAAGUUGUUAGUUGAGCGGUGACUGAAAAAGGAUAAUCAGUUGGUGAUAAUGGUUAUUGUAUUAUUUGCUUAGAAUAAAAACAUUGAAGGCGUUGUUUGUGAGAACAUGACAAGAGAGUAAACAAUUUACUUUUUGUGUUUACCUUAUUUAUUUAUCUUAUUUAUUGUGUGGCAUGUAAAUGACAAGUGGUAUGUGGUAUUUUUUUCUUCUUUUUGAAAAGCGUUUCCUAUGACUGUUGAAAAAUAAGCUUAUAAAGUAUUGCACCACA